CUGGGGUGCGGGGGAGGGGAGGAGCUGUUCUGAGAGGGGGAACCUGCUGCCCCCCAUCAUGUCACAUCAGGUUUAGGGCAGUUCUCCAAGCCUCACCAGACCCAUCCCUUAUGUUUAAGGGGGGGGUGAGGCUCAGAUUCGGUCUCUGGGGAGCGAGGUUUGUGCUGAGCGUUUCAGGGGGGCAUUUUCCCUCCCCCUGCUUCCGAGCUCCUGGGCCAGGACCAGCAGCUCGCUCCGAGCGGGCGGGCGAGUCGUCUCCCCCCCUCCCGCGGGCUCUUUAAAAGAAGCGGAACGGUCCCGCGGCGCCUCUGUUGUAGUGGGGGCAGAUUUCAUCAACCGCACAGCGGGUCCAUCGCGCGGAGCGUCCGCCGGCUGCCGAAUCCCUCCCGGCUCGUGUCUCCGCCGCGCUCGCCAUGGACGCGUUAGCGGCCGAGCUGGGGACUCUGACCGCGGAGCAGGCGGCGGCUCCCGUGAACACGGUGGAGGAAAAAUGGAGGCUUCUUCCAGCUUUUCUAAAGGUGAAAGGACUUGUGAAGCAGCACAUAGACUCAUUCAACUAUUUCAUCAAUGUAGAGAUAAAGAAAAUCAUGAAAGCCAAUGAAAAAGUCACAAGUGAUGCUGACCCAAUGUGGUAUUUGAAAUACCUCAAUAUCUAUGUGGGAGUUCCAGAUGUUGAAGAAAGCUUUAAUGUAACAAGACCUGUGUCUCCUCAUGAGUGUCGCUUGAGAGAUAUGACCUACUCUGCCCCAAUUACAGUGGACAUUGAGUACACUAGAGGUAGCCAGAGGAUUAUUCGCAAUGCAUUACCCAUUGGCAGAAUGCCUAUAAUGCUGCGCAGCUCCAAUUGUGUUCUUACUGGGAAAACUCCAGCAGAGUUUGCCAAACUUAAUGAAUGCCCUUUAGAUCCAGGUGGCUAUUUCAUUGUCAAAGGUGUAGAGAAAGUCAUUCUUAUUCAAGAGCAGUUAUCCAAAAACAGGAUCAUUGUGGAAGCUGAUAGAAAAGGGACAGUUGGCGCUUCUGUUACCAGUUCCACUCAUGAGAAGAAGAGCAGAACAAAUAUGAUUGUGAAACAAGGAAGAUUUUACCUGAGGCAUAACACUCUGUCAGAAGAUAUUCCCAUUGCUAUUAUAUUUAAGGCCAUGGGUGUUGAGAGUGACCAAGAGAUUGUGCAGAUGAUUGGUACAGAAGAGCACGUGAUGGCUGCAUUUGGUCCCAGUUUGGAAGAAUGCCAAAAAGCUCAGAUUUUUACACAGAUGCAGGCAUUAAAGUACAUAGGAAACAAGGUACGAAGGCAGAGGAUGUGGGGAGGCCCAAAGAAAACGAAGAUGGAGGAAGCACGAGAGCUGCUAGCAUCAACCAUCCUGACACAUGUUCCUGUAAAAGAAUUUCAUUUCCGUGCCAAGUGCAUCUACACAGCAGUGAUGGUCCGCAGGGUUAUUCUGGCCCAAGGAGAAAACAAAGUAGAUGACAGAGACUAUUAUGGAAACAAGCGAUUGGAAUUGGCUGGGCAGCUUCUUUCCCUUCUCUUUGAAGAUUUGUUCAAAAAAUUUAACUCUGAAAUGAAAAAGAUUGCUGAUCAAGUAAUUCCAAAGCAGAGAGCAGCCCAGUUUGAUGUAGUGAAGCAUAUGCGUCAAGAUCAGAUCACCAAUGGCAUGGUAAAUGCCAUCUCUACUGGAAAUUGGUCACUGAAAAGAUUCAAAAUGGACCGCCAAGGUGUGACACAGGUAUUGUCCCGCUUGUCUUAUAUAUCUGCUCUGGGAAUGAUGACAAGAAUCUCUUCUCAGUUUGAAAAGACAAGAAAAGUGAGUGGCCCCCGAUCUCUUCAGCCCUCUCAGUGGGGUAUGCUUUGCCCAUCAGACACUCCUGAAGGAGAGGCUUGUGGUUUGGUUAAAAACUUAGCUCUGAUGACUCACAUUACUACUGAUAUGGAAGAUGGCCCGAUUAUUAAAUUAGCCAGUAACCUUGGAGUAGAAGAUGUAAACUUACUAUGUGGAGAAGAACUUUCAUAUCCAAAUGUGUUCCUUGUCUUCCUUAAUGGUAACAUCCUGGGUGUCAUUCGAGACCAUCCGAAACUAGUUCACACGUUUCGGCUAAUGCGGCGAGCAGGUUAUAUCAAUGAAUUUGUUUCAAUCUCCACGAAUCUUGCUGACAGAUGUGUCUACAUUUCCUCUGAUGGAGGAAGACUGUGCAGACCCUACAUAAUUGUAAAGAAGCAAAAACCUGCAGUUACAGACAAGCAUAUGGAAGAACUUGUUCAGGGAUACAGGAAUUUUGAAGAUUUUUUGCAUGAAGGCCUAGUUGAAUAUUUGGACGUGAAUGAGGAAAAUGACUGCAACAUUGCACUGUAUGAACAUACAAUUACUAAAGAUACAACACACUUGGAGAUUGAACCUUUCACACUUCUUGGCGUCUGUGCUGGGCUUAUUCCAUAUCCUCACCAUAACCAGUCCCCAAGAAACACUUAUCAGUGUGCUAUGGGGAAGCAAGCAAUGGGUACCAUUGGAUACAAUCAACGGAACAGAAUCGAUACUCUUAUGUAUCUGUUAGCAUAUCCACAAAGGCCAAUGGUUAAAACAAAAACCAUUGAACUGAUAGAGUUUGAGAAACUGCCAGCUGGACAGAAUGCCACAGUUGCUGUGAUGAGCUACAGUGGUUAUGAUAUUGAAGAUGCUCUUGUCUUAAACAAGGCUUCCUUGGACAGAGGAUUUGGAAGGUGUCUUGUGUAUAAGAAUGCCAAGUGUACACUGAAGCGCUACACAAAUCAGACAUUCGACAAAGUGAUGGGUCCAAUGUUGGAUGCAGCUACACGUAAACCAAUUUGGCGUCAUGAAAUUUUAGAUGCUGAUGGUAUUUGCUCUCCAGGUGAAAAGGUAGAAAACAAACAAGUGCUUGUGAACAAGUCAAUGCCGACUGUGACCCAGACUCCUCUGGAAGGAAGUAAUGUUCCUCAACAGCCACAGUAUAAAGAUGUACCAGUAACAUACAAAGGUGCAACUGAUUCAUAUAUUGAGAAAGUAAUGAUCUCUUCAAAUGCAGAGGACGCUUUUUUGAUCAAAAUGUUGUUGAGACAAACUAGACGUCCAGAAAUUGGAGAUAAAUUUAGCAGUCGUCAUGGACAAAAAGGUCCUUCCUUUAAGCAUGCUUCUUCUAAACUGCCUGUGCAUCCCAGCCCUCCCUUCAAGACACAUCAACAAAAUAGAAUUGAGGAGGAAAGAGAAAUUUAAACAAAAUGGGAAAUGAACGUAGCACCAUUAACUGUCUCCCACUUUCUAGCCUUCAUCUGUAUGUUGUUUGGGACAAUGACCUUAUCUUGGUUGCCUACCAAGUACUUGGCACACUUCUAAUGCUAGUAAACAGAUAUAUACCCAUCAGAAAGAGUUUACUGUCCAAUUGAUAGGAGACAUUUGGUUUAACUGAAGGAUUGUUUGUGUAUUUCCAAGAAGGGUAAGAAAACUUCCUACCUUGCUCUUUUUAUCUUAAAUUCUUCAAGCGAAAUCAUCUCUAGAUGCAAAGAAGGUUGAGAGAGCACUCGACUAAACAAGCUUCAUCUGCGUUCCAUACAAAACUAAAUUAUUAUAUUUCCAGAUUUCCCCUUGCUUCUCUACAAGUCACAAUGAGGGGAAAAGUUAGACUCCUUUGAUGUGAAAAAAGCAAUAUAUCACUUCUCUGAAAGAACAUUUCUCAGUCUCUCAUGUGAAAAAGGAUUAACACCUCCAACAAAGGUCCUCUAGAUCACAGAACUAAGCAGCAAUACUGAACAGUAUUCCUGAGGAGUGGAAAAACUGUAUUUAAGCAAGAGAUUGUUUGAACUGGCAAACAGAAGCUUUUUAAUAGCUGAAGAUCUAAGAUAAAGGAUUAAACCUUUCUGAAGUAUCUACACUUAAACUACUCUAAAGACAAGGAAGCGAGUUUAAAUUCAUGAAAGACCAUCUUUGUUUUCCUAAAUGAACAAUGUUCUUUAGUGUCAAAAUAGAAUCUAUUCACUGCAUUGUGAACUAUAUAAACUUUAUUGCAAUACCAUAUAUCUGUUAGUGUGGUCUUGUUUAGGGUUUACUUUAUUGAAUUCUGACUUGAUUUGAGCAGCUGCUGGGGACACAGUAUUUGCCCACAUGUAAACUGAUCAUUAUUAAAAUAUUUUGAUGUAGACAAAAUAAAGAAAUAUGCUGAUUAUCUGUUCUGUUAAAGAAUACUUGUUCUGUAUGUAUAAGAGGAGCAUGUGAAAUAAAAUAUUAUAGCUUUAAGUGGCAA